GGGGCGGUGCUCGGCUCGGCUCGGCUCGCCGGAGCUCGGCAGGACGCAGCUCGGCCCGGUCCGGCCAUGGCGUCUCCGUCGCGGCGGCUGCAGACGAAGCCGGUGAUCACCUGCCUGAAGAGCGUGCUCCUCACCUACACCUUCGUCUUCUGGGUAUCGGGCAUCGUGCUGCUCGCCGUGGGCGUGUGGGGCAGGGUGAGCCUGGCCGUCUAUUUCUCGCUGCUGGACGAGAAAGCCACCAAUGUGCCUUUCGUCCUGAUGGGCGCCGGCGUCGUCGUGGUGCUGCUGGGCACCUUCGGCUGCUUCGCCACCUGCCGCGGCAGCACGUGGAUGCUGAAGCUGUACGCCAUGCUUCUGUCCCUCAUCUUCCUCAUCGUGCUGGUGGCUGCCGUCGUCGGGUUUGUUUUCAGGCACGAGAUAAAGACAAACUUUGAGAGCAACCUCAAUCUAGCCUUGAAGAACUACAAUGGAACGAUGGAUCAUCACAGCGAGGCGGUUGACACCAUCCAGAGAACUCUGCACUGCUGCGGGGUACAGAACUACUCAGACUGGGAAAAGACUGAAUACUUCACCCAGAAGGGAAUCCCUCAGAGCUGCUGCAAGAGCCAGGAUGACUGUUCGGUGGAGGAUCUGAGGGACCCAAGCAAAGCCAAGCAGAAAGUGUUUGUGGAUGGUUGUUUUCUCCUGGUAACAUCAACAAUGGAGUCAAAAAUGAGUGUUGUGGCUGGCAUCUCCUUUGGCAUCGCAUGCUUCCAGUUGGUUGGCAUCAUCCUCGCCUGCUGUCUGUCCCAGUACAUCACGAACAACCAGUACGAGAUGGUGUAGCCCCGCCAGUGCACAGUGGUUUUGACUAAGGCAUUCCUCCUGCUCGCUGUGUGGGGGAAGACCACACCACCUGCAGUUUUCCUCCGGACGCUGCUUCAUGAAGUCUUGCUUUGAAUUGACUGAUCCUCUCCUCAGAUAGCUCAUCGAAACGAGUGCAACAGCUGUUCUGCUGCGCUUGGGGACUUGUCCUAACACUACUCUACUGUACCACUGAGUGGGAUAAUUAGUGUAGCUGAGGUGGUUGCAGUAGCUGCACUCCUGCGGGUGCUGGGCUCUUCUCUCGGCUGUGCCGGAGCAGCCGCUGCCACCGUUCAUUGCAGCCCUUGUUGGCUGCCCUGCUCCUGGGCAGAAGCUGUUCUCACUAAGUGCCUCCCUUGGGAAAGCAGUGCUUUCUCUCAUCUCCGACCUCUGUUCUCAGCUCCUUUUGCACCCCCCUCUCUGUUCAGGCUCAAUCGCUGGCCACGUUUCUUCUUCAGAUGGGGCUGUUGUCCCGUUCAAGCAGUGCCUGCUUGCUGUAGCUCUUUGCUCAGCAAGGUCUCGGCUAGUUGCCAAGCUCUUGUCCUCAUGCUGGAUUUUAUAUACUUUUUUAUAGUUGUACUUUUUAAAGUACAGGCUGUAGCGAUUCUUUGUAAGCUGUAGCAGGGUUUGGUGAUGUACGUCCUGGUGCCUUUACCUUGGUGUAGGUGUCCAUGCACCGAGUCAGCUGUGACUUGAUCGUCAGUAUUACAUGCUGCUUUAACUCGUUUUGUGUAUUGAGUAGAACUCUUUUGUCCUGAGACACAAUAAAUAUUAAGAUAUUUU